AUGGGUGGGCUGCACAAGAACUGGCGGAAGGGUGGACUGCACAAGGACAGGGGGAAGGGUGGGCUGCACAUGGGGAUGGGUGGGCUGCACAUUGGGGAGGGCGGAUGGGUGGAUAGGUUGGCUGCUCAAGGACAGGCGGAUGGGUGGACUGCACAAGGGCAGACGGAUGGGUGGACUGCACAAGGGCAGGCAGCUGGGUGGGCUGCCAAAGGGGUUGGAUGGGUGGGCUGCACAUGGCGGAUGGAUGGGCUGCACAAGGGCAGGGGGUUGGUUGGGCUGCACAAGGGCUGGGACAUGGGUGCGCUGCACAAGGGGGGGCAGAUGGGUGGGCUGCACAAGGGCAGAGGGAUGGAUGCGCUGCACAAGGGGGAAUGGAUGGGUGGGCUGCACAAGGGCGGGGGCAUGGGUGGGCUGCACAAGGGGGGCAGAUGGGUGGGCUGCACAAGGGCAGGGGGAUGGGAUGGCCUGGGCUGCACGAGGGCGGGGGGUUUGGGUGCGCUGCACAAGGGCAGGAGCAUGGGUGCGCUGCACAAGGGUGGGGGCAUGGGUGGGCUGCACAAGGGCAGAGGAAUGGGUGGGCCCCAAUAG